GCACGCCGGCCCCUCCGCCCCGCGGGGUCUCCGGAGGGGGCGGAUCGCGCGAGCCGGAGAGCCCGGAGCCGCCCAGGAAUCUUGGCUCGCGAGGGGAGCAUUUCCUGCGGGCGGGUCGGCGCGGCCCGGGGGCGCGGCGGCGGGGAGACGCUGCGCUGCGCUCGGACGGCCGGCAGCAUGCGGCCCCUGCUCUGCGCGCUGGCCGGGCUCGCCCUGCUCCGCGCUGCCGCUGCUGAGCCCUUUGUGCCCUCCCGUGGAGAACCGGCCUGGAACACAGGGUGUGACAGACACAUGGCUGUCCACGACCGUUUAGACGUCAUAGAGGAGACGGUGGAGAAGACGGUGGAGCACCUGGAGACGGAACUGAAAGGCUUGCUGGGCCAGCUGGAGGAGCUGGCCUGGAACCUUCCCCCGGGGCCCUCUGGCCCCACCCCCGACCUCCUCGGAGAUGAUCGCUUUGGAGCCCCUGAGCCUGAGCUGCCCAGCAGCUGGAAGUGACACAUAUGUGGCAGCUCUCUGAGAACAGAGCUGUGCCUUCUGGCCUGCCUUCAUCAGCUCGGUGCAAAAUAAAAGCUCCUCCCUUGGUCUCCUCUGUGUCUCCUGACAGUGACCCCUAUAGCCACGGCCCCUUCUCCAUCUACUCCCAGGCCCUGGGGCCCAUGUCCUCCUGCGGGCUCAGACCAGGGAGACCUCAGGCGGUCAGUGCUCCUACCCUCCUUACUUAUAGGGGCAGAGAGGGCAGGAAUUGGUUCAAAGAUGAAGCACCUGAGGCCCAGAAUAGCGCAGGGGCGCUCUGAGCAGCCUCCCUACUCAAAACACGGACAUAGACGAGGAGCAGUGAGAUCACCUGGGAGCCUGUCAGAAAUGCAGGAUUUGGGGCCCAGCCAGACCUCCCGCAUCAGAAUCUACAUGUCAGCGAAAGAUCCCCAGAGGAUACGUGUGCAAAUUUGUGUGCAAUUUUUUUUUUAAGUUUUCUACUGAGGUAAAAUGCACACAACAUAAAUUUCAAAAUUUUAAUCAUUUUUGAAUUGUACAAAUUCAGUGGCUUCACAUGGCUGUACGCUAAUUCCAGAACAUUUUCAUCAUCCCCCAAAGAAAUCCUGUACCUGUACGCAGUCACUUCCCAUUCCUCCUCCCACCAUCCCUCGGAAGCCACUAAUAUUUCUCUCUCUAUGGACUUGCCUAUUCUGGACAUUUCAUAUAAAUGGAAUCAUUCAACGUG